AUGUUUAUAAACAUUCUAGAUAUCAUUUUAUUAGAAUUUGAUUUAGAAUGUUCAAUGAUCAUUCAAGAUAUCUUGAGUGUUUCUCUCAAUUCAAUAGGUUAUUUAUGUGUUGCCAAUGGCUUUACAUUCCUUGCUCAAGAGAAUGGAUUGACUGAAAUGACAAUUCGUAGCUAUAGCCCUUCGAAAGUCGAUAGUAAUCCAUUCCCAGGUCAUGUUGUCACCAGAAUUAAAGGUGCUAGCACUCUAAAUAACAAUGGUUUGUCGUGGGGUGUUACUGCAGUCGCUGGAACCACCUACUAUACAUUACUAAGUGAUGGAUUGAAUUACAAUCUCUAUGGUAUCGAUUUAACAAAUGAUCAAUUAAUUAUUAAUGGAUAUUCACCAGAAUCUACAGAGAUGUAUGUACAAUGUUUAGUUUAUGAUUCCAACUCUGAGAAAUUGAUUGGAAUUUCACCAAAUUCAAUUGUUCCAAGUUGGUUCGAUGUUGUAGAGUUGGACCAAACAACAGGUGCUGUCAAACACAAGUUGGAGACAGGAAAGUUUUCAGAUGAUUCCGAGUAUUCCGGAGUGUAUGCAUUCGAUCAGACCACUUCACAGCUAUUCAUUGUUUUCAAACAAUUCGACAACUCCACACAGACCACCAAAGAAGGAAUCAUUCCAAUCUCUACCAAGGAUGGUAAGGUCAGUGAUGCCAUCUGGUUCACCGGGUUCAACGUACAGGAUACCAAUCUGUUCAAUCUGGCAUAUGAUCCAACAUCGAAUGCACUCUACGGUACUACUGCAUCGUAUAUAGGUACUGAACGUUCCUUCGUCAGAAUCGACCCAAGCAAUGGUGAGAUCACAUCGAUCAACAACAAGACUGAAGUCUGUGGAGGUAACGGAGUCAUCAUCCAGGAUGGAUACUUUAUUUCGCCAGGUCACGACAACGUAUCUUCCAACACCAUCUACUACGUUUCACUUACAACCGGUGAAAUAGUAAAAAAACAUGUAAAUGCAGAAUUAUUUACAUUGAUUUCAUUCUUAACUGUAUCCGAUUCAUCUUCAUAUUAA